AUGAAGUCUCUCCUUGGCCUGGUGGCCCUUCUGAGUGGUCUCGCCUCUGCACUCCCAGCUCCUGACGCGCACGCUGAACCUGAUCCUUCCACCUUGGAAUCUCGGGCGGUGACGUGGACAGCUACUCCAUUCAAUGCUCAGUCUUACCCCUUAGCAGUUCGCUCUCCUUACCUCUCGACCUGGCUCCCAGGAGGUAGCAAUGGUGGCAACCUGAAUGGUGCUUGGCCCGCAUUUUGGCAAGGACAAGUUACUGGUUGGGCGGGAUAUGUUCGAGUCGAUGGGACGGUGUACAACUUUCUUGGAGCGCCUGGUACUGCGGGUGCCACGAAGGCCACACAAACCUCGUCCAAGUUCACGGCCACGCGUUCUAUCUUCGUUUUAACCGCCGGACCUGUGUCCAUCACCGCAACCUUCCUGUCUCCCGUCGAGCCUACCGAUUUCCUACGCCAAUCUUAUCCGUUCUCGUACUUGACGGUCGCAGUCUCCUCGAAUGAUGGCAAUGCCCACAGCAUUCAAGUCUAUACCGAUAUUUCUGCAGAAUGGGUCUCUGGUGAUCGUGGUCUCACUGCGACUUGGAGUACGACCGCGACGGACAGUAUGAUCGCCCACAAAGUUGGUCUUCAGACUCAAUCCCAGUAUAGUGAGAACAGGGAUCAGAUUCAAUAUGGCGAGGCCUACUAUGGGAUUACCUACCACGAUGGCGUUACCUACGCCACCGGUCAAGAUGAAUCCGUUCGUGGCAAGUUCAUCUCUAACGGUGUUCUCGACAAUUCUCAGGACACGAACUACCGCGCGAUUGAUAAUGACUGGCCCGUGUUUGCCUUGGCCAAGGACUACGGCUCCGUGACUGAGACCGCGACCAAUCCUGCUGUCUUUGUCGUUGGUCACGCUAGAGAUCCUAUGAUUAAAUAUGUUAUUGCGAAUGCACAAUUUGAGGACCGCAGGCCAUACUGGGCCGCUACAUACAGCACGGCUAUGGAUGUGCUCACUCAAAUGCUUACCUCCGCCGAGUACGACCACAGCAAUUCCGCAGCCGACGCCCUCGACUCCCAAAUCGCCUCAGACGCUGGCGCCAUCUCAUCCGACUAUGCCAAUAUCGUUGCACUCUCCACCCGUCAAGCCAUGGGCGGCAUGGAGAUCACCCUCGGACCUGGACCCGAUACGUCGGAUGUCAAGGUGUUCUUGAAGGAGAUCUCGUCGGAUGGAAACGUGAAUACUGUGGAUGUUAUUUUUCCAGCUUGGCCUAUCUUGCUUUAUUUGAACCCUGAGUACGGGAGGCAUUUGCUGGAGCCGUUGUUUGAUUAUCAGCAGACGGGACAGUAUGGACACACGUUCUCUUGUCACGAUCUCGGUGCCGCCUACCCUCAAGCUAUCGCUCAUCUCGGCGGAGACGACGAGAACAUGCCCGUCGAGGAAUCCGGAAACAUGGUCAUCAUGGCUCUUUCCUACACGCAGAAGAGUGGUGACACUUCGCUUAUCAGCGAUAAUUAUAAUCUUCUCGCUCAAUGGGCUCAGUACCUGAUCGACGACUCGCUCACUCCUGACAAUCAGAUCUCGACGGAUGACUUUGCUGGUAGCUUGGCGAACCAGACUAAUCUUGCCAUCAAGGGCACAAUCGCCAUCCAGGCCAUGUCCGAGAUUGCCACUCUCCUCGGGAAGACGUCUGAUGCCUCCAACUACGCCAGCAUCGCCGCUUCCUAUGCUCCCCAAGUCGUCAAUUUCGCCACCGCAUCCACAAACGACCACCUCGAACUCUCCUACGGCGACUCCUCCUCCUGGGGCCUAACCUACAACCUCUACGCCCAACGCCUCCUCGGCUUCUCCCUCUUCCCCGACUCCGUCUUCGAGAUGCAAACCUCGUGGUACUCCUCCCACGUCAACACGUACGGUAUCCCGCUCGAUACGCGCCACACGUACACGAAAUCGGACUGGACGAUCUGGACGGCUGCGAUUGCCAGUACUACGGCGGUGAGGGAUUUACUGAUUGGGAGGUUGGCGACUUGGGCGGCGGAUGGGAUACCGAAUCAGCCGUUUUCGGAUUUCUAUGAGACAGAGACGGGGGAUGCGGUGAGGAAUACUGUGGGCGAUGAGUCGUUUAGGGAUCGGUGCGUAGUUCGCCACCAUACCUCCCCUUCGGGCUUUUCUCCGUGUGAAAUGCUAUACUGA